CGGGAAUGCAUGUCAGCUAGGCAGUUUCUCAGCCACAUGUAAGCAGUGGCGCUGGCGAUGCAGCGUCCAGAGUGAGGAGUUCCGACGUGACAUAUACCGGUCACUUCCUCCGACAAGAAAGUGGGUGUCUACACUUUACAGUCGUUGAAAUGACAUCUACAUGAGGCCAGGCUCCAAUCAUCUCGCCUCACGAAAAUUAUAGAUCAGUACUCCUCAGCAAAAGCAACGUUUACUGAAACCGGGAAGACAUCGUGCAAUGGGCUUUGGUAUUGCACCACGGUUGAAGCAGAAUAUCGGACUACCGGCAGAUCGACGGGGAAUCGACAGCCAAGGCGAAUACUCUGAUAUUAAGCAAAGCUUUUUUGUCCAAGCCAGACGAAGAAUCACUAGUCUAUUUUGUUGCAGAUCGAAUGACGACGGCAGGGAAGCCUCCGAAAAAUUCUCAGCCAAUCCUUACACAUCACAUGAUAUCAAAGGCGGAUACCGACAUCACCAACCUCUUGCUACUCCAAGUAACGAGCAGUCGAGGUUGAACGGCGAGACCAUAUGGCAACUAAGCCCAGGAUCAAAUAUUGAGCAAUCGUGGAAUCGAUUAGAAAAGACGAUAGAUGCCUUCAUCGCAGUUACUCCUGUCGACGAAUAUCAGUUCACGCCUAGAAUUGUGGUCGAACCAUGUGAGAUUGGACAAGAACGCAAGAAAGCACGACCAACAGUACUCAUCAGUUGCUCGUCCCACCCUUAUGGAAAGAAAAUGGCAGAGACAUUGCAACGGAGUGGAGUACUAGAAACUCACUCAGCUACCUUCAGUGUAAUGGUUCGGCCUUGAUGAUUGGGGGAGGCGGGGCGGAUACUGGCAUGCUGAGGUUAACAAUUUGGAAAC